AUGGCUUCUAUCCCGCAAUGGACGGUCUCGGAGCCGUAUGUCGACAUUCCCGGGACCCUGCUCGAGGGCCCGUACUACGACGCUGCCAGGAACGAGUUCCGCUUUGUCGAUAUCUGGGAGCAGAAGCUGUACGUUCUGGACCUGGCAAAGGGCCCAGAGUCGCUCAAGACGCUUGACACGUCUGCGUCGAUCGGAGUGACCGCUAAUAUCAAGGACGCCGGCGAUGCCCACAAGGACCAGAUUGUCGUCGCAGCAAAGUACGGAUUUGCGCUCGCCAAUCGCUCCACCGGCGAGCUGUCCUACCUCUGCAAAGCCGGGGACGUGUUUCCUGAGCAGGAUGAUCCCGAGAAGCCCCAUCGAAUGCGGUUCAACGACGGCGCCGUUGACAGCCGCGGACGCUUCUGGGCGGGGUCCAUGAACGACCCCAAGGUCAAGUCGCCGUCGCCCGAGGGCGCGUUGUACCGCCUGGAUCCGGACCUGACGCUGCACUGCAUGGUCGAGCAGAUGACGAUUCCUAACGGCAUCGGGUGGAACGCGGCGGACGACACUAUGUAUCUGACCGACUCGACGACGGGCAAGAUCUUCGCCUUCGACUUUGACGCGGCCACCGGCGCGAUCAACAACCGACGCGUGCACUUUGACCUUGGCGAGCCCAAGGACCCAGAUGGCUUCGCCAUCGACGAGGAGGGCUGCAUCUGGAGCGCCAUCUACGGCGGCGGCCGGGUCAUCCGCAUCUCGCCGGAGGGCAAGGUCAUCGGGCAGGUGACGCUGCCCACGCGCAACAUCACCUGUCCGGCGUUUGUCGGGACUGAGCUGUUCAUCACGACGGCCAAGGAUGACACCAACGAUGAGCAGUUCCCGGAGUCGGUGCGCUACGGAGGACGGCUGUAUCGGGUGGAUGUUGGGGUCCGGGGACAGCCGAAGAACGAGUUUCGCUUUAGUACUUGA